AUGGUUGACGAUUCAGCUUUGGCCGCUGCGGCGGCCAUAGUACAAUCCCUUGCCGCCGAUGGUACGACACCGAUGUCCCUUCCAUUCAAGGCCGACGCGCGAAUCGAGCUUCCCGGCCGUGAUACUCCGGCAAAGCGAAGCCUUGAGGCUGAGCUGGCCAAACUUGCCCAGAGAAUUGAGAAACUUGAGAACAGAGCUCACGCCUCCGUCGCCUUCCCCGAAACUCCCAACGAGGUACAUGAUUCCCUCUUUGGUGACGACUCCGAUGCAACGUCGCCAUCAUCAUCAAAUAGCCGCCCUAUUCCUAGGCCAAAGUUCCAACGCGAAGGUACCGCCACAGACGACCCAAGCCUCGCAGGCAGCCCGCUGACUGACGAAGCCUUGGAAAGCUUGCAAGAGAAGGUCCUUGACCAGGAGAAGGGCAUUUCUAGCGCGAGACAGGAAAUCAGCAGUGUUAGCGCCCAGCUUCUUGAGCAGAAGGAACUGCAGGAGCAAGCCUUCUUCAAGAUCGAACAAGAAAGAGUCGCUACUUUGGAACGCGAAUUAUGGAAACACCAAAAGGCGAACGAAGCCUUCCAAAAGGCUCUACGGGAAAUCGGUGAGAUCGUAACUGCUGUCGCGCGCGGAGACCUGUCAAAGAAAGUUCGUAUGAACACAGUCGAAAUGGACCCGGAAAUCACGACCUUUAAACGGACAAUCAACACCAUGAUGGAUCAGCUGCAGGUAUUCUCAAGCGAAGUUUCCCGCGUCGCCCGAGAAGUCGGAACCGAGGGUCUGCUUGGCGGUCAAGCUCGCAUUGAAGGUGUUGACGGUACAUGGAAAGAACUGACAGACAACGUAAACGUGAUGGCCCAAAAUCUCACGGACCAAGUGCGCGAAAUCGCAUCGGUAACAACGGCUGUCGCCCACGGUGACCUGACCAAAAAGAUUGAACGUCCCGCCCGGGGCGAAAUUUUGCAACUUCAACAGACGAUUAACACCAUGGUGGACCAACUCCGAACAUUUGCCUCUGAAGUAACUCGUGUCGCCCGCGAUGUUGGAACCGAGGGUAUCCUUGGCGGUCAAGCCGAUGUUGAAGGUGUCAAGGGCAUGUGGAAUGAGUUAACAGUCAAUGUCAAUGCCAUGGCGAACAAUUUAACGACACAAGUGCGAGAUAUUAUCAAGGUGACGACUGCCGUUGCUAAGGGAGAUCUCACACAAAAAGUACAAGCGGAUUGCAGGGGCGAGAUUUUCGAUUUGAAAUCCACAAUCAACUCUAUGGUCAACCAACUUCAACAGUUCGCUCGGGAAGUUACGAAGAUCGCCAGGGAGGUCGGUACCGAAGGUCGGCUUGGCGGUCAAGCCACAGUUCACGACGUCGAGGGAACAUGGAGGGACCUUACAGAGAACGUCAAUGGCAUGGCCAUGAAUCUGACAACGCAAGUGCGUGCCAUUGCCAAGGUGACAACCGCUGUGGCCAAUGGUGACCUCACUGAGAAGAUCAGAGUACCCGUGCGUGGUGAGAUUCUCGAUCUCAAGAACACUAUCAACACCAUGGUUGACCGACUGGGAACUUUUGCCUUUGAGGUCAGCAAAGUUGCGAGGGAAGUCGGUACUGACGGAACACUCGGCGGACAAGCCCAGGUCGACAAUGUGGAAGGCAAAUGGAAAGAUCUCACCGAAAAUGUCAACACGAUGGCAUCCAAUCUCACGUUACAAGUCCGAAGCAUCUCAACCGUUACACAGGCUAUUGCCAAUGGCGACAUGAGUCAAAAGAUUGAAGUCGAGGCCCAAGGAGAAAUCCGGGUCCUCAAGGAAACCAUAAACAACAUGGUUGAUAGGCUAUCCAACUUCUGUAACGAGGUCCAGAGAGUGGCCAGAGAUGUCGGCGUCGACGGCAAGAUGGGCGCCCAAGCAGACCCAGCCGGCUUAAAGGGUCGCUGGCGUGAGAUUACUACGGAUGUCAAUACUAUGGCCAGCAAUCUAACCACCCAAGUACGCGCGUUUUCUGACAUAACCAACUUGGCCACAGACGGUGACUUCACGAAAUUAGUCGAAGUGGAAGCAUCUGGCGAAAUGGACGAGCUCAAACGCAAGAUCAAUCAGAUGGUGUCCAACUUAAGGGAUAGUAUUCAGAGGAACACACAGGCUCGUGAAGCAGCCGAGCUGGCCAACAAGACGAAGUCAGAAUUCUUGGCAAACAUGUCUCACGAAAUCCGCACACCAAUGAACGGCAUCAUCGGCAUGACGCAGCUCACCUUAGACACAGAUUUGACACAGUACCAGCGAGAAAUGUUGAACAUUGUCAACAGUCUUGCCAAUAGCCUACUGACGAUUAUCGAUGAUAUUUUAGAUCUGUCCAAGAUCGAGGCUCGAAGAAUGGUUAUUGAGGAAAUUCCCUACACUCUACGUGGAACAGUCUUCAACGCUCUCAAGACCCUUGCUGUUAAGGCAAACGAGAAAUUCCUUGAUCUUACCUACCGAGUCGACAGUUCCGUGCCAGAUCAUGUUAUCGGAGAUUCGUUCCGUCUUAGGCAGAUUAUCCUGAACCUGGUUGGCAACGCCAUCAAGUUCACCGAACAUGGCGAGGUCAGCCUGACGAUUAAAAAGGCUGACCCGGUGGUCUGGCGGUGCAACCCUGAUCAGUACGCCAUCGAGUUUGUCGUUACCGACACGGGCAUCGGCAUUGCGGCCGACAAGCUUGACCUCAUUUUUGAUACGUUCCAGCAAGCAGACGGAUCUAUGACCCGAAAAUUCGGUGGUACUGGACUCGGCUUGUCUAUUUCGAAGCGUCUUGUUAAGCUCAUGGGCGGUGACUUGUGGGUUAAAAGCCAACACGGUCAGGGCAGUGAGUUUCAUUUCACGUGUCGUGUUCGUCUAUCGGAUCUCGGGGUCGAAUCCAUCGAGAAGCAGAUCAAGCCGUACAAGGGCCAUCAAGUCCUCUUCGUCGACAAGGCACAAACCUCUUAUGGCCCUCAAAUCCGAGAGAUGCUCGAAAAGAUCAGCUUGCAGCCCGUUGUGGUUCAGUCAGAGAAGGAUCCUUUGCUCACUGGAGUUCGGGACGCCCAAGCGAUGCCAUACGACGUUAUCAUCGUCGACUCAAUCGAUACGGCCAGGCGGCUUAGAUCGGUGGACGACUUUAAGUACCUACCUAUUGUUCUUCUGGCGCCGGUUGUCCACGUCAAUCUCAAGUCUUGCUUGGACUUGGGUAUCACGUCUUACAUGACGACUCCUUGCACAGCUGUCGACCUGGGCAACGGCAUGAUACCAGCUCUGGAGAAUAGAGCAACUCCGUCACUUGCUGACAACACCAAGUCUUUUGAUAUUUUACUCGCAGAGGAUAAUCGUGUUAACCAAAGACUUGCUGUCAAAAUUCUUGAGAAAUACCAUCAUGUGGUCACUGUGGUCGGCAAUGGUCUUGAAGCUGUUGAAGCAAUUAAGCGGAGGAAGUUUGACGUCAUCCUUAUGGAUGUACAGAUGCCUAUCAUGGGCGGCUUUGAGGCAACUGGCAAGAUUCGUGAGUACGAGCGAAGCCUUGGCACGCAUCGUACUCCUAUCAUUGCUUUGACAGCCCACGCCAUGAUGGGUGAUCGUGAGAAGUGUAUUCAGGCUCAGAUGGACGAGUAUUUGUCCAAACCCCUGCAGCAGAACCAUCUCAUCCAGACAAUCCUCAAGUGUGCGACCCUCGGGGGCCAACUGCUAGAGAAAAACAGAGAGAGGGAUUUGGCUCAGCAGUCUAGGGUCAAGGCCAGCGGCAACGAACAGUCUCAGUCUCAUCUACGCCCGCCCUUGGAGACCCGAGCUUUUACAUCUAAAGAACCACUGAUGGGACCCAGCCUGGCUAGCCCAGCAUUGGUUACAGCGGAUCAGGAGGAUCCUAUUUCAAGGGCACGUAACGGCCUUUCCGACUCGCGCAGCCUAACAAGCUAA